AUGUCCACAGAAUGGUCUCUAGAUUUCUGUUUGGCGUGUGACCGUCAGACUCUAGGUGGUCCUUAUUGCUCUCAAUCAUGUCGUCUCGCCGAGUUGGAUCGUCCAACCCCAGAGGACGAGUCAUCCCCAAAAGCUUCACACUCACGUUCUUCUACCCUCGACUCUCACCCUGAGUCCAGAUCCUCUCGCAGUCUAUCUGCUUCUUCUUCUCAAACAUCUCUAUCCUCACUUCGGAGUCACACUUCCAAUACUACCUUCUCCGAUCACCUACAAGUUGAGCUACGAGACUAUGCUAGCUCCUUCGAUCCUGUACGAGACCUCAAGCGACGCAUAACAACCUCCUAA